GUCUUCGCCUUACAGACUUUUCUGAAGUGGCUGCUGGGGAUCCUGGGCGUCGCCGUCAUCGUCACGAUCAUCGCCGUACCCCUGGCUCUGCUCACCGGCAAAAGUACAUCUGAGCCUGAUUCACGAAGUACAUACACUCUGCAGAAUUACUUGAACAAUGACUAUAACUACAGAACAUACAAUUUGCAAUGGAUUUCAGGAAAUCAGUAUCUUCACAAAACAGCUGAUGGAGACAUCCUACGUGUCAACGCUGACAAUGGAACCUACUCAGUAGUCUUGGCAAAGGCAAUAUUAGAUCAGUACAAGGCAACCACAGCUAUAUUGUCUCCUGACCAAAAGUUUGCACUUCUGCAGUACAAGUAUACAAAGUUGUGGAGACAUUCCUAUACAGCUUCAUAUUUCAUCUAUGAUUUCAAUAGCAGCUCUAUCUUAGAUACCAAACUACUACAUAACGAUACACAAUAUAUAUCCUGGUCACCUGUUGGUCACAAACUGGCAUAUGUUUGGAAUAAUAAUGUGUAUAUGAAAGCUUCACCAACAUCAGAACCUGUGCAAAUCACUGACAAUGGAGAAGAAAAUAAAAUCUUCAAUGGAAUACCAGAUUGGGUUUAUGAAGAGGAAAUGUUUGGCACCCAUUCUGCUCUGUGGUGGUCUCCAAAUGGCAGUUUUGUGGCAUAUGCAACAUUUAAUGAUACAGAAGUUCCUGUUAUAGAGUAUUCAUUUUAUUCUGAGGACACCUUGCAGUAUCCAAAGACCAUUAAAAUCCCAUAUCCCAAGGCAGGAGCUACAAAUCCAACUGUGCGGUUGUUUAUUGUGGAUACUAGAUUGUCUCCUAACUUCAACUCUACUGAGAUUUUUCCACCUGAAGAAAUAAUAUCAGGAGAUCAUUACUUGAGUGUUGUCACAUGGGUGACAGAUGACAGGAUCUGUCUGCAGUGGCUCAGAAGGAUUCAGAACUUUUCAGUCCUCGCAGUUUGUGAUUUUGAAAAUGCUACUGGAAAGUGGUCAUGUCCACAGGAGAAACAGUUUACAGAACAAAGUACAACUGGCUGGAUUGGCAGAUUCCAGCCAUCUGUCCCUCUCUUUGCACCUGACAAUGCUACCUACUACAAAGUAUUCAGCAAUAAAGAAGGUUACAAGCACAUCCAUUACAUAAAUGGCUCACAGGCUCCAAUUCCUAUUACUGCAGGAAGAUGGGAAGUAAUCAGCAUAGCAGCUGUAACCAGUAGCUUUUUAUACUACAUUAGUAAUGAAAAGGAUGGAAAGCCAGGAGGAAGAAAUCUUUAUAAAGUGCUCUUGGAAAGCAGUCCAAAUUCUAUUAAAUGUGUUAGCUGUGAUCUGAAUCAAGAAAGAUGCCAAUAUUAUUCUGUGUCCUUCAGCAAAGACGCACAGUAUUAUCAGCUAGACUGUCGUGGUCCUGGCCUGCCCAUGUCUACUCUGCACAGAAGCAGUGAUGAUCAAGUCCUCAGGUACCUGGAAAAUAAUACUGAACUGGAAAAUGCAUUGAAAGAUAUUCAGAUGCCUUCAAAAAUAAUUGACUUCAUUAGUGUAGCUGGAUACAACCUGUGGUAUCAAAUGAUACUGCCUCCCCAUUUUGAUUCAUCGAAGAAGUACCCUCUGCUCCUUGAUGUGUAUGCAGGACCCUGUAGUCAGAAAGUUGAUAGUACUUUCCAGAUCAACUGGGCUACUUACCUUGCCAGCACUGAGCAGGUUAUUGUGGCUAGCUUCGAUGGCAGAGGAAGUGGAUAUCAAGGGGAUGAAAUUAUGCAUGCAAUAAACCGAAGGCUGGGAACAUAUGAAGUGGAAGAUCAGAUAACAGCAGCCAGAAAGUUUUCUGAAAUGAGCUUUGUUGAUAAGGACAGAAUAGCUAUUUGGGGCUGGUCUUAUGGGGGAUAUGUGACCUCCAUGGUGCUUGGCUCUGGAAGCGGCGUGUUCAAGUGUGGAAUAGCGGUUGCCCCCGUGUCACGUUGGCAAUAUUAUGAUUCAAUAUACACAGAGCGAUACAUGGGCCUUCCCACAGCGAGUGAUAAUCUCAACAACUAUAAUAGUUCAACAGUAAUGGCCAGAGCUGAAAAAUUCAAGGAAGUUGACUAUCUCCUUAUUCAUGGAACAGCAGAUGAUAAUGUUCACUUUCAGCAAGCAGCACAGAUUUCCAAAGCUCUUGUUGAUGCUGAAGUGGAUUUUCAGGCAAUGUGGUACACUGACAAAGACCAUGCCAUCAGCGGUCAAGCACAUAAGCAUAUUUAUACCCAUAUGAGCCACUUCAUAAAGCAGUGUUUCUGGCUGCCCUAGCAUCAGCGUUUUGGUUGUUAGUCAUGGUACCUCUCCAGAAAGUUCUAGUUAAUGUACACUAAGCCACUAUAAACUUUUAUGAAUGGAGAUAAGAUAAGGAUCGGCCCUUGGGAUACCUGUGUACACAACAAAAUGCUAAUCUUCAUAAUGGUUUCUGCUGCCAAGCAACUAUUGCAUCUUUAUUGAUUGUGUUUAAUGAGGUCUUAACAUCAUCAAAAUGUAGGUGUUGCAUGGUACCUGUUUAAACUUUAAACAGAUUUAGCAGAAAUUAGCUUUUGCCUGAUCAGUUAUUAUUUUAGCAACAGUAUCAGGAAUACUGCAAUGUUAAUAUUGUCUAUGCAGAAGGAUACACUUUGUCUGCUGCAGUUCCUUGAGUUAGUCUUUUCUUUGCAAUCUGUAAUCUCUUGGAUUACAGUUGCAGAAGUCUUGCAAGGAAAGCAUGUAAUGAGCUUUCACCAGAGAUUUUCAAUGAUACCUAUUCAAACUAACAGCACUGAAUUUCUUUAUUUCCCAUCAUAGUACUGUGAUUUUUGCUUGCUUUGUUGUUUUUAAAAGGCUGCUACUGUGGGAAUCUGCAAUGGUAAAAGUCUUCUGUGGGAGCUCUAGCAGCUCACCAUUGUUUCUCUGUGGGACAGAAAAUAAUUUUUUCAGAAGUUGUGUAUUUACUGAUGACUGGGAUGUAUAUUUCUUGCACUCAAACAUCAUAACAUUACCAUGCAAACCAGAAGUCACUUACUUAAAGCAAGGGCUGGACUGAAUUGCUAUUUAGCAAACCUGAUUGUCCUUGCAGCCUGCCAAUAAACUGCUUUACCUCGAGCACUCCAGGCAGCCUCCUCCAUCUGAAGGUUAUUUUUCUUAAUUUCACAUAGAUAGAAAAAGUGCAACCCACUUGUACAACAACCUGUGCUGCUUUAAAAUAAUAAAGACACUAAGUCAUGAAAGGAGGUGUAGUCUGUCUAUUGCUCAAGGAAAAAUACUCCUAGAAUUUUACAAAAAUCCAUUAAUUUGGAGAGAGUGAAAGUUCGGCUUUUCUUUAAUGGUAUCAUGGAAUGGAAUGUGACAUGAUUAUCUUAACACUUAGCUUCUUGAUAUUAGAUGCUAGCAUGUGAUUGUGUUUUGUGGGUUAUUAGUCACAUUAGGUGUGGAUAUAAAAGUACACAGACAGAUGGGGAAGGUGGGAGAGAAUGUCAGGAUCCUUUGUGCAGCUUAUCCAUCAAUGAGAAGAAGGGGGCUAAAGUGGAAAAUAAUAUUUUGGUUUCACAAACAACCCCAAAACACCUUGACUCACAAAGUAGGGUUUAUGAAGCAAAUUAGAGAUGGGUAUUGCAGAUAGGAUUUGAGGCUCAAUGUAUGUGAUUCUUUUGACUCAAGGGCAAGAAACAUGAAGUAUGAAGGUAGAUUACAGCAGUGCAGGUAGGUUAUGAAAAAAGAUGGCUCUGAACUGCUGCAUAGCUUGCAUAUGCAAGGACUGAAGUUGUAGGGUUUGUUUAAUCUUAUCACUUGCACCCUCCUAUAGACAAACUAUUUCUGUAAUCAAAAAAAGCUUAUUAACUGGC